CACAAGCAUUUUGAACGUUUGUUUUGGUUUAGAGCAAUUGUUUAAUUUUUCUUUAAGGUUGAAAAAAUAAAUCGCCAUGUCCAUUCGGGAGAAUAACCCAGUUAUUCGUAAAAUCGGAAGGCAAAACUCCAACCAAAAUCAAAUAAAACAGAAUACUGGGACGAAUGCCACAUCCAAUUCUUUACCUUCUCAAAAUGUUAAUAACGGGUCUGAGGAGACAAAUGUAUCCUUUCUGCAAGAAAUAUCUGACAUUAUGAAAGGAUUUGGCGACUGCGAGCGCCCAUUACGUGAAAGUGUGCAAUUAGUUGAAAAAAUAUUGCAGCAGCAAUUGAAAGGGAUUUUAAGUGAAGCUACAGAAGUUUGUCUGAGACGUAAAAGAACUACUUUUCCUGUUCAAGCAGAUUUUGAAUUUUUAAUGAGACGGAAUCCUGUAAAAAUAAAUCGUAUGCGAAAACAUUUGAAAGAUAUGAAAACUUUUAGAAGAAUCUUACAGCUACAAUAUGGACGGCCACAAGUGUUAGCUGAAGAGAGUGAUGGUCAAGAAACUGAUGAGGACGUUGAAAUGGAAAUCCCAGAAAAAUAUGAUGAAGAAAAAACGCGGAGAGUUUUCAGAGCUGAUCGAAUUUCUCAAAUUCUAACUGGUCAACAAUAUCAACAAUACAAUGAAGCAAGACGAACUUCAUUUUACUGCAGGCAUUCAGAAAGAAUGAAAUUAAAAUUUAAACAGUUUUUGGGAAUUCCACAAGACAGUAAAAUUCCAGGCAUUACACUAAGUAUAUUAGCGUACUUAGCUCAUGAAACAAUAGCGUAUAUUGUCGAUUAUGCAAUCUUAACUCGUUUAAACUCAGAAAAUCGCAUUACGGAGCCCUACAGUCGAGUGACAUCAUCAGGCAAUAGUUAUACUAUGUUGCACCUUUGUCCAGAAGUUGUGCAAGGCCGUGGUUUAGAAGGUGUAAAACCAAUAACUGUUCGAGAAAUACAGGAAGGAAUGAGGCGUUUUAAUCAAAUUGGUAGAAAAACAAUGGGCUUCUACAGGAAUUUAACAGAUCCUCAAAAAAAAAAUUUUCUAGCUAUUUAAAAAUUUGAUGAUUAAUUAAAUGGUAACACCUACAAAAAUCAAUUUGACAUUUUUUAUAA